UACGGCUGGCGCGACGCAGCAGCUCAUGGGCGGAGGCACGCGCUACAAGUACGGCGCAGUCAAGGUGUACGCGGUGGGGGUGUACCUCGACAGUGGCGGCGUGGCGACGCUGAAGCGGAGCGGCAAGCGUGGCCAGGCGCUGUUUGACGCGGUGAGCGGCAGCCGCACCGCCAAGACGCUGCUGCUCCGGUUCCACCGGUCCGUGGGCGGGAAGGCGGUCGUCGACGCCCUCCGCGACGCGCUCAAGGGCGUGAGCAAGCCGCUGGUGGAGCGCUUCGAGGCGGCGCUCAAGGCUGUGCUCGGAGAGUCGGUCGCGCGUGGCGCGCAGCUGUACCUCACGUGCAAGGCGGACUCGCUGUACGUGUCGGACGCGGCUGCGCCGGGGCAGACCGUCGGCGGCAAAGGGUUGUGCCUCGCUCUCUUCGGUGUCUACCUGGGGAAGCAGCCCGUCUCGCAGGCAGUCAAGGACGGCUUCGAGGCGGGCUUUGCUGCCCUCGCGGCGUGAGGCGGGUGGCGGGAGGCGCGGGCGAGGCGGCCUCGGGAAGGAGCGAGGCGUCCGCGCGGGCAGUGUACCCGCCACACCGUGGUGGCGGCUGGGAGAGCGCGGCUUGGGCGGGGCGGGGUGCGGCUGCGCAUGCGAAGGGAGGGCAAGUUUGGUGUCAUGCACGGGUGGGAAUAGUGUGGAGGGCCGGCGCGUUCGAGCGCUCGGAUCUUGGGAGCCCCUGGGGCUGGAGUCACCCCUCGUGUGUCCGCGAGCGGUGCUGUCGACUGUGCGGCGCGCCGGCAGCUGCUUUAUAUUAUACCGCGGCGAGCUCUUUU